UGCCAUCUUGUUUCUCCGGGGGCGGGGGGGCGUGCUGUGGUGCGACUGGGCGGAGGAUACUUCGGAGCCGCUUGUGGGGUUACAAUACUCAUCCUUGCCCGACGCCCCGCCCCGAGCUGGGGUGCGGGCGCCGGGAGACGGGCCGGAGGGCGGCCUGAGGUGGGAGCCUGGUCCCGCUGCUUCUCCCUAGGGGGCAUCUUUCUCGUCCUGCUCUGAGGUCCCAUCUCCUCCCUCUGGUUCCUGCGUCGGCGGAGCCGGCCAGGCGCCUCCAGGAGGCAGGGCUAGCUGCUCUUUGGCUCUGAGUGCCUGGCACGUGGGGCGGCACCGGGUGCGCGCGAGUCCCGGCGGGCGAAGAUGACGGACCCUCGGGGGAGAGACACUGCUGGCGCCAUCCUCGGGGGUGCAGGCGGCAGUGGCCACAAUGUGGUCAUGGAGGACACUCAGGCUGUUAACUGGGAGGUUGAAGAAGAAGAGGAGACAGAGAGACCCAGUGACUCCUUGAGGUGUAAUUUGGAGCCCCUAGGGCGACUGCAUAUCUUCAGUAGUGCCCACGGACCAGAAAAAGAUUUCCCACUCUACCUCGGGAAAAAUGUGAUAGGCCGAAUGCCUGAUUGCUCUGUGGCCCUGCCCUUUCCAUCCAUCUCCAAGCAACACGCAGUGAUUGAAAUCUUGGCCUGGGACAAGGCACCUGUCCUCUGGGAUUGUGGGAGUCUCAAUGGUACGCAAAUCCUGAGGCCUCCUAAGUUCCUGAGCCCUGGGGUGAAUCAUCGUCUGAGGGACCAGGAGUUGGUUGUCUUUGCUGACUUGCCCUGCCAGUACCAUCGCCUGGAUGUCUCUCUGCCCUUUUUCUCCCGGGGCCCCCUAACUGUAGAGGAGACACCCAGGGUACAGAGAGGAACUCAACCCUGGGGGGUCCUAUUGGCUGAGGACUCAGAAGAGGAAGUAGAUCCUCUUUCUGAAAGGUAUGUGGUGAAUGAACCAAGGACCAUGUCCUCCCUUUUGGCAACAGUCGUUCCAGAGAGUGAUGAAGAGGGACCUUCUGCCCCAGAUGGCCCUGGACCACCUUAUGCCUUCAACUUUGACAGCGACACAGAUGAGGAAGAAAGGCAGCAACCAGCAACAGGGUGGGCCUCCUCAGCUGCCACAAGAGAUGCUACUGCAGAGACAGAACAGCCUAAGGCAGUCAGAACAGAAAUCCAGGUUGAAAAGAAUCAGUCUUUGGGACAGGAGAGCAAUAGUGACAUCAGAGUCAAGAGAGAUGCAAGCAAUGGGGUGAUUCUGGAGAGGGGCCAGCCUGUUGGGGAGGACAGUGAGACAGAUGUGGAUGAUGAGAUCAGGCCUCCAGGAAAGCCAGCUGAGGGUCAUCUGGAAAGGGCCCAGCCUUCUGGCUUCAUAGACAGUGAUACUGACGUGGAAGAAGAGGGGAUUCCCACAACCCCAGCUGUGGUGCCCCUAAAAAGAAGGCAGAUCUUCCACGGAGUUAAUGCAGAGAAUUCUGGGGGGCCUGACCUGGCACAUCUUCAUGAGAGUCCGGCUGGCAAUGAGACAGAUGUGGAGGAGGCUGAGGCCCCACCCACAGUCCCUCUGGAGCAAAGCCAAACCUCCAUGGUGAGCCACAGCAACGUAGAUGACGAGGAAGGAGUGUCAGCAGCACUCACUUUGGCAUCUCUGGUGGAGAGCCGAGCCACUGGCUGGAACAGAGAUAAAAAUGUGGAAGAGGACAGAGCCCAACCUCCGGCUUUUCUUGACCAGAGCCAAACCUCUGCUGGGAGAGACAGUGGCACAGACAUAGAGGUGGAGGGGUUCCCAGUGGAAAAGAGAGAAUAUGUCCCCAAGAGUCACACAGACAAAGCUCAGACAGAAAAGAACCAAUCUCCUUUUGGGGACGGUGACAGAGAAGUGGAAGAAGAUAAGAGCUCAUCUGGAGUCCUCCUGGAGAGAAGUCAGGCCUCUGCCACAGUAGGCAUCCGCACACAAGUGGAAGAGGAUGAGGUGCCUCUGGCAUGCACAAAUCCAACAAAUGUGGAAGCAGAAGGGGGCCCAGCAAAGCUGCCUGCCGUGCGCCUAGAGGAAGCCCCGCCUCCUCCAGACACAGGUACUGCAGGGGAACCUACCCAGGCACAGAGAAAGGAAGCCCCGACCCCCAGAGAAAGUGGGGGAGAACCACAUGUGGACAUGACCAAGAACUCUGGACACAGCCAUGAUGGUGAUUCUGAAGAUCUAGACCAACAAGCAACCCAGUGCUUUGUGGAGAAGGAGAGUCAGAGCCUGGAAGUAGUCCCGAGCAUGGGGGAUGAGCCCACCCAGGCCUUCCUGUGUACUCCACCCCAAGAGCCUGGCCCUUCCCAUUGCAGCUUCCAGGCCUCAGGUGCCCUGGAUGAGCCUUGGGAAGUCUUGGCUACACAGCCAUUCUGUCUAAGAGAAUCUGAGGCCUCUGAGACCCAGCCCAUCGCUUCCCACCUUGAGACCCAUGGAUCUUGCCCCUUUUCACCCAGGCCAACAUCUCAAGACCAGCAUCUGGAAAGUCCAGUUCGCGCAGAGCCAUUGGGGAUCCAAGGUGGAGGGAUGCAGACUGCGGAGAAAGGCAUGGGCCUCCUGAAUUGCAAGAUGUCACCUGCUGAGAAGGCUUCUAGGGGUGAUCCAGGAUCCCUAGAUGUUGGUCUGCCUCCAGCAGUCCCUGAAGCCUCUGCCCCAGUCCAAAACCCCCUCAUCCCUCAGAGCCAAAAACAUCUUGCUUCUCAGCCCCUCUUUGCUCCAUCUCCACCUUCUUUAGAGUCCCCCAUUCCCAGCUCCAGGCAAAAUGGGAGUCAGGAAGCUCUGGAGAAUCCCUUGUCCUCAAAGCUGGACCCUCUUCAUGCAAAAGUCAAAUGCAGGUCCCAGGGUUGUUCCAGGAUGACACCCUCUCCAGCUUCUUCUAUAGCCCCUGAGGUCUACCCUCUCACCUCCAGAGAGCAGCCCGUCACCCCUGCACCCACACCUCGGGCCACUCGGGGCAGGACACAGAGGGCCUCUGUCAAGACCCCUGAACCGACUGUCCCCACGGCCCCUGACCUUGAACCUCCGGCCCCUGCAGACCAGCCUGUCACCCCUGCACCCACACCUCGGGCCACUCGGGGCAGGACACAGAGGGCCUCUGUCAAGACCCCUGAACCGACUGUCCCCACGGCCCCUGGCCUUGAACCUCCGGCCCCUGCAGAGCAGCCCGUCACCCCUGCACCCACACCUCGGGCCACUCGGGGCAGGACACAGAGGGCCUCUGUCAAGACCCCUGAACCGACUAUCGCCACAGCCCCUGACCUUGAACCUCCAGCCCCUACGGACCAGCCUGUCACCCCUGCACCCACACCUCGGGCCACUCGGGGAAGGACACAGAGGGCCUCUGUCAAGACCCCUGAACCGACUGUCCCCACAGCCCCUGACCUUGAACCUCCGGCCCCUGCAGAGCAGCCCGUCACCCCUGCACCCACACCUCGGGCCACUCGGGGCAGGACACACAGGGCCUCUGUCAAGACCCCUGAACUGACUGUCCCCACAGCCCCUGGCCUUGAACCUCCAGCCCCUAUGGACCAGCCUGUCACCCCCAAGGCCAUAGCUCAGGGUGGUCAAAGCAGGACACUGAGGUCUACAAGAAGUACUGUGCCAGUUCCUACCGCUCCUGAAUUCCAGUCUCCUUUCCCCACAGACCAGCCUAUUCCCCCAGAGGCCAUCCCUCAACCCAAUUGUAGCAGGAGGCCAAGGGUUGCGAGGCAGCCCCUCGCAGCUCCCAUUGUCUGUGAACCCUGCUCUGCACCCCUUGAACCUAAUGCCUGGUCCUCACGGAGCCAAAGGCGAGGAGUGAUGAGAGCAACCAAGUCCCUUAAGACCAUUCCUGAGCCUGCCCUUGCCCAGCUUCCUGGGGCACCCACUCAUGCUCUCCAGGUUCAAAAGGUAGAGGCAACAGGUGGAUAUGAGUUCAGCCCAGAGUCCCAGCGUAAGGCCUUUCAAAACCACAAGAGGCCUUUAGAUACCGUGGAUUCACCCCCACUUCCAAAACGGCUGCGAAGAGAAGCCCCUCAGAAAACAGUGUUCCUCAAGGAAAAAGAGGAAGAGAAGCCAGCUCAGGAAGAGGAUCCUUCUCAUUCCCAGGAUGUGGUAAUGCCAGGACCAGGCAAGAGAAAGAAAGACCAGGCUGAGGAAGAGCCCAAAGGAAUGCCAGUCCGCAGCCUCCGACGGGCCAAACCUGACCAUGAGUCUGCAGCCCCUAAAGUGCUCUUCACAGGAGUGGUGGAUGCCCGUGGAGAGCAGGCAGUGCUGACCCUCGGAGGGAGUCUGGCCAGCUCAGUGGCAGAGGCAUCCCACCUGGUGACUGAUCGAAUCUGCCGGACAGUCAAGUUCCUGUGUGCCCUAGGGCGGGGGAUCCCUAUCCUCUCCCUGGACUGGCUGUACCAGUCCCGCAAGGCCGGUUGCUUCUUGUCCCCGGAUGAAUAUGUGGUGACUGAUCCUGAGCAGGAAAGGAACUUUGGCUUCAGCCUCCGUGAUUCCCUGAGCCAGGCUCGUGCGCGAAGGCUGCUAGAGGGCUAUGAGAUUCAUGUGACCCCCGGAGUCCAGCCACCACCACCUCAGAUGGGAGAGAUCAUCCGCUGCUGUGGAGGCACUGUCCUACCCAGCAUGCCCAGGUCCUACAAGCCUCGCAGAGUCGUGAUCACAUGCUCCCAGGACGCCCCGCGAUGCACCAUACCAUUUCGGGUUGGGCUGCCCAUCGUCUCACCUGAGUUCCUGCUGACAGGAGUGCUGAAACAGGAAGCCAACCCAGAGGCCUUUGUUCUCUCCACUUAGGAAAUGUCCUGCCCCUGAAAAUCCCACCCAGUACCCUCUUUCUUCCCAGACCAAUAAACAGAAAAUAUUGGGAGAAAGAACUUAGGGCUUAGGAAGGAUUGGGGUGUACUGAUCUGAUUUGUCUGGAAACAAGGGUGGGGUUGAAAGGUUUAUGGGAAAACAAAGAUAGGGAGAUUGGGAGCCACAGAUUUUCUUAAAUGGCCGUUUAAAGUUGCUCAGAUAACCUAAGUGUCGCUCAUCUUUAAGUGGUCUGAUGCACUUGCUGUGCAGUGUCCUGCCUCCCAUUUGGAAGCCAGCUCACUUUUUCUUUGUUAUUGGAAUUCUUCCUUAUCCUCCAAAGCAUAGUGGAAAUAAUGUCAGUGCCAGAAACUUGAAGGGAUGCUUGGAGUAAGUAAGCUUGGAGUGAGUUGGAGUUAUGGAAUGGCUACGAAAAUACUUACCUCUCUCCUGGCCCUGUCUUGUUAGAAGAUCCUUUAGCUUGGACUUUGAGCAAGUCUCUGCACUUUUUCAGGCCUGCUUUUCCAGUAUUUAUCAAAUUAGAGCUUAGGCUUAAACUUUAUGAUAAAUAAAUAAUCACUCUGUGCCUUA